AUAGUAUACUUAUGAUAAAGUAUAGUCUACAAAUCUAUCGAUCAAUAGACGUUAUAUCAUUAAUAGAGUUUAUCCUAUGAUAGAGUAUAAAUCGAGUCUAUAAAUGGUAGACGCAUCUAUUCGUACAAAUGCAUGUUGUCAAAGUUGAUAAAAAGUUUCAUAUUCCAUCUAUGAUGAAAGGUUUAAUUAUGUACUAUUCAUUGUUUGAUUAUUUCCCCUUCAUGCCGGAGAUAUCUGCAUGCUUUGCAACACAGACUUUCAUCGGACUUUAGCUUUUUCACGAAUUGUGAUUCAUUUAUUCAUUUUCAUAUUUAACAAACUGUUUAGUUUCUACGUCCAAAGUUAAAAAUUAUUAAUAGCAAACAAAAAUGAGAGUGGGAAAAGCUAAGAAGUAACAUGAAAGUUGAUAUUUGUGAUGCCACAAACUUCAACACUCUAUCAUCUCCACGGGUCCUUUGUGGUAUGCUCCAGCCAAGUUCUUCAUCCUCGAUGAAGAUUCUGAUUCUGGAAAUCGUCGAAAAUUCAUCAAAGAUGUUUUGUUUGGGAGUCAAAAUUACAAAUGAAAAAUUCAUUAGUCCAGUUGGGGAAGAUGGUGCAACACAGCUGCCCGAUAACUCAUCUUUUAUUCAAGGGAUAAGCCAAAAGGGUAUGGAGAUUGUUGGUGAUUUCUUUGAGGAUUUUCGUCAAAUGGGUCGUACCAUUCCGGAAAAGGAGGCUUCCACCAAAGAGCAUAAGAGCACUCCUAGAAAAAAAGGUGAAGAUGAGAACUACGUCGACAAUGGUGGUGCUACCCCAAGUUUUGUAGGUGAAGGUGAGGACUACAACCUUGGUGGUGCUGGAGAGGAGAGACCUGAGAAAGAAUGACUUAUUCUUUUGGGUGAUUGCAAUAGACUUAGCUUGUUUUCCUCAGCUUAAGAGUUGGUUGAGUUUAGUUAUGGUUUGGAAAAGUGAUGAAACACAGGAAACACGCAGCGGAAAACAAGAUCUAUCCUACCCAAAUUAUAAUUAAACAAUUUAGUAAUUAACAUGCUACAAAUUAAAUAUAUACCACUACAAGAAAAUAUAUGUAUUUUUCCCAAUGCACAA